AUGGGGAAGAUGAAGUGUGCAGGCCGGAGCCAGAAGCAAACUUGCGCUGCUCAGGCAGGUCAGACAAGUGGGAUCCAAGGCCGGGUAAAAAACCACAGUGCCAUCGGGCCCAAUGUUGCAGAGGCAGGAGAGAAGGAGACGAGGGAUGUGGAUGACCCCCAGGAGGUGACCCCUGAACCACCCCCGAGCAACCCAAGGACCGAGUCAAGCCAAAAGGCCAAAAGUCUGAACGAGCCGAGAAGGAAGAUCAAAUGGCCAAAGGCCAGCGAGACGGUGGAGUGGAAGAGGCUGGAUGAGUCACUCAGUGAUCUGCUGCAGAAGGCACUGCGUGGCACAGUGGAGGCCAAGCUUAACCUGUUUGGAGAGAUUCUCUACGAGGAGUGUAGCGGCAGGUAUGGCAAGGUGACGGGCAGGAAAGCAGCCGAAAAAUCUAAGGGAAGAAGGGAAAAGGAGAUUGACGACCUAGUAGCAGGCAGAAGACAGCUUCGCAGACGCUGGAGGAAAGCAGAGGAAUCAGAAAGAGAGGGUCUGAAAGCCCUUUGGGAUGACAUCAGAAGGAGGCUGGCCAACCUGAGGAGGGCAGAGCGCAUCAGGCGGCGAAGGAAGAGGAAGGAAAAGGAGAGGGCAAACUUCUUUAAGAACCCCUUUCGCUUUGCACGAGGACUCCUUGAGGAGAAGACCAGUGGAUCGCUUGAGAUCUCCAAGGAAGAGCUGGAGGAUCACAUCCAUGGUCAAUAUAGCGAUCCCGCAAGGAAUGUGCCCCUGGGCCCUCCAGGCUAUGUGCCAAAGCCGGGAGAACCAUCAGUGCUUUUUGAUGCUUCACCACCCAAGCUCUGUGAGAUCAAGCGGGUAGUUUGGCGGGCAAGAUCGGCAUCUGCUCCAGGGCCAAAUGGGAUACCAUACAAGCUGUAUAAAAACUGCCCAAGUGUGCUGAAGCUUCUAUGGACCCUGAUGAAAACAGCUUGGACCAAGCAGACCAUUCCAUCACAGUGGCAGAGGGCAGUGGCAGUUUUCAUCCCUAAAGAACAGAACUCCAAGACCAUCGAACAGUUCAGGAGCAUAGCCCUGCUGAAUGUUGAGGGGAAGAUCUUCUUCUCAGUCAUGGCAAGAAGAAUGACUUCCUACCUGAUGGAGAAUGGCUAUAUUGACACCAGCUGCCAGAAGGCCGGGAUUCCAGGUUUCCCGGGGUGUGUGGAACAUGCCACCAUGAUCUGGGAGCAGAUUCAGAUUGCCAAAAGGGAGAAGAAAGACCUGCAUGUGGUUUGGCUAGAUUUAGCCAACGCAUAUGGGUCAGUGCCACACAACCUCAUAGCAUUUGCCCUGGACUUCUUUUACAUCCCACAGAGCAUCAGGGCUAUGGUGAUGAGCUACUUCCAGGACUUGCACAUGUGCUUCAUGUUGCCAAAUUCCACCACCAUCUGGCAACAGCUGGAAGUGGGGAUCGCGAUGGGAUCCUCCAUCUCCCCCAUCCUCUUCAUCACAGCUUUUGAAGUGAUCUUGAUUGGAGCAAGACAGGUGGUGGGAGGAGCCCGUCUGCCUACUGGACGGAAGCUCCCCCCACUAAGGAGUUACAUGGAUGACAUCACAUGCUUGCUCCAAACUGCUCCAUGCACUUCCAGGCUCAUGAAGAGGCUGGAUGAGUUGAUCACUUGGGCCAGGAUGAAGUUCAAAGCAAAAAAGUCAAGGAGCCUUUCCUUGCGGAAAGGGGUGCUGAAUGACAGGGUCACCUUUAUAAUCGGCGGAGAAAACAUCCCACGCAUUGCAGACCAGCCCAUCCGAAGUCUUGGGAGGCAAUAUACAGCCAGCCUCUCAGACAAGGAAAUAGGAAAGACCACCUUGCAGCAGCUCUCAGCAGGCCUGGCCAAAAUCGACUCAAGCCAGUUACCUGGAAAGUACAAGGUGUGGUGUUUCAAUUUCACACUGUACCCAAGGGUAAUGUGGCCGCUGAAGCUGUGCGAAGUCACCUCGUCAGCCGUGAGCAAGAUGGAUGCAAAGACCAGCUCGUUCAUCCGCAAAUGGCUAGGACUCCCAAGGGGCCAUUCAUCGGCCAGCCUGUAUGGAAAGAACACACUUCAGCUUCCCCUGAAAUCUAUCACCAUAGGUUACAGGCAGGAGAAGGCAAGGCUGGUGAUGGAGCUGAGGGAAUCUACAGAUGAGACUGUGAGGGACAUGGAAGCCCGGGUGUUGACUGGGAGGAAGUGGAGGGCCGAGGAGGAGGUGCAGAAGGCAGUGUGCAGGCUGCAGCACCAGGAGAUGGUGGGCAGAGUCCAGACGGGGCCCGCUGGCCUUGGAUGGGGAGAUCCGCCUAUUCUGUGGUCCAGAGCUAGCAGGAAGGAGAGGAAGGAUCUUGUUGUCUCGGAGGUGACAAAGAUGGCAGAGGAAGAGUACAGGGUCAAGGCAGUGGCGCAGGGGCAGCAGGGACGCUGGACGACGUGGGAGGGGAUUGCGGGUCGGGUGGUGAGCUGGGCAGACUUCUGGAAACUGCCACAGGCUCGACUCAGUUUCCUCAUCAGGGCAACCUACGACACUCUGCCCUCCCCUCGAAACCUCCAACAGUGGCUGGGCACGGAGCAGGCCUGUGACCUCUAUAUGGGUAGCAGGAUUCCCAAUUAG